UAAAGACACUAUGAAAACCCUCUGAAGCUCCUCUAAGGAUCCUCUGAAGCUCCUCUAAAGACCCCCUCAUGACCCUCUGAAGACCUCCUGAAGCAUCUCUGAAAACUCUCUGAAGACCAUCUGAAGAACGUCUGAAGGUCCUCUAAGGCUACUUAGAAGACCGUCUGAAGACCCUAUAACCUCUGAAGACCCUCUGAAGACCAUCUAGAGAACCUCUGAAGCUCCAUAGAAGACCGUUUGAAGACCCUGUCAAGACCCUCUGAAGCCCCUCUGAAGACUAUCUGAAGGUCCUUUGAAAACCAUCUGAAACUCAUCAGUGGACCAGAUGCAGUUAAGUGUGUCGCCCUGAUAAAACCCAUCCGUCUGUAACCAUGGAGACCAAGCCCAGAAAGGGGAAGUUGUUUGGCCUGAAAGUGAAGAAGAAGAAGAAAGUCAACACAGACCUGGUCCUGGCAAACAGAGGAGCUAUAGAUCAUGACCUGUUACCUCCGUCCGAGCCAUCUGUUCUGCAGGAUGAGGACUUGGAGGAAGAGCCUGAAAUUUUUCCUCAGAGGAGCAGGAUCAACCCCAACAUGAAGAGAUCCCAACUGAAAACUCGUAUCCAGGACAGUGAAAGCAAACCUCAGAGCUUCCAGAUUGCUGUUAACAUCACGGAGGCGAGGCAGCUGGUCGGCGAAAACAUCGACCCCAGCGUGGUGAUCGAGAUCGGAGACGAGAAGAAACAGACGAGUGUGAAAGAAGGAACCAACGCUCCGUUUUAUAACGAGUACUUUGUCUUCGACUUCUUCGCCCACAGAGACGUCUUCUUUGAUAAAGUCAUCAAGCUGACGGUGAUGCACUCCAAGAUGCUGAGAAGUUUCUGUGUGGGAUCCUUCAAGCUGGACGUUUGGACGGUCUACAGGCAGCCAGGUCAUCAGUUCAUCAAUAAAUGGGCCAUGCUGACCAAUCCUGCAGACAUCAGCACAGGGGUCAAAGGUUACGUCAAGUGUGACAUCAGUGUCUCGGCCAAAGGAGAUGCCAUGCAGCCCGGACCGAAAGCCAGCGACGCCGAGGAGCAGAUAGACAAGAACCUGCUGAUCCCCGAGGGCUUUCCCUCCGAGCGACCGUGGGCUCGCUUCUGUUUGAAGGUGCUUCGAGCUGAAGGCCUUCCCCGGAACAGCUCCUCCAUCAUGGCCAACGUCACCAAGGCCUUCAUCGGCGACAACACGGCGCUCAUAGACCCCUACGUGGUGGUCAGCUUCUUCAAACGGGUGGGUCGCACGUCCACUCAGAAGUCCACAGCGGACCCGGUGUGGAACGAGCAGAUCGUCUUCACAGAGAUGUUUCCUCCGCUGUGUCAGAGACUGAAGAUACAGGUCUGGGACGAGGGAAGCAUGAGCGACGUUGCCAUCGGGACCCACUACUUCGACCUAAGACGCAUCUCCAACGAACAGGAUGGUGACAAAGGGUUUUUACCGACGUUCGGUCCAGCUUGGAUCAACCUUUACGGCUCCGCUCGAAACUUCAGCCUGGGUGACGACGCGGCCGAGCUGAACGAGGGCAUCGGCGAAGGCGUCUCCUACAGGGGUCGGAUCUACUUGGAGCUGGUCGUGGAGAUCCUGUCGGGAGGAACCGGCUCGGAGUCCAAACUCACCCGGCUUGCUAAACCCACAAAAGACGCCAAGGCGGGAAAAGCUGGAGGGAAGGAUGGAAAGACGACAGCAGGAGGUGGAGGAGGAGCAGGAGGGGCAGCUGACGAGGACAAAGGAAAAUCCACUGCUGCUGAUGUCCUGCCUGUUGAUUCUCCUCCUCCGAUGAACACAGACCACCAGGAAAGCUUCCUGCUGUUCGGUGCUGUGUUCGAAGCCACCAUGAUCGACCGGAAGCUCGGGGACAAACCGAUCAGUUUCGAGUUCUCACAGGGUAACUUCGGGAACGUGUUGGAGUCUGCGCCGGCACAGCCCUCCAUGGGCAUCAGGAGUCCCGGCAUCAGUCGGAGAAGGGGACCUAUUCUGGACCUCCCGGACACCAGUGAGCUGUUUGGCUCCUCCCCUUCCCGAAGCCCCUCCCCCAGCAGCCCCUCCUCGCCGCUCUUGCCCAGAGACGCUCCAGAGACCCUGAGUGGGUCCAGCUCCAGGUCCACCACGCCUCCGGAGAAGCCGGUCAUUGUGGAGGGAAACAGGUACUACAUGUAUCUGCCUCUGGUGAAGCAGAAGCCGUGUAUCGCUGUGCUGAGUAAGUGGGAGAACCGAACCUACCGCCUGCACACCUCCAACAUGCUGGACAACAUCGCCGUGCUGUUCGAUGAAGGUGUGUGUGAAGCUGCGGAGCUUCACAGGAAGGCCGACCCUCAGGCUGAGCUGACUCUGAGCUCCGUCCUCAGAGACUUCUGUCGGGACUCCAGGAGCUUCAUCGCUGCAGCCGAGGCCAAACUGAAGGCCGAGCUGAAGUCCAGCUACCUGACUCAGCUGGACCGGAAACGACUGACCAUGUGCAAGCAGGAGCUGGAGAGUAUGAUUGGAGAGGCGGAGUUAAUCAGAGAGCGGAAGAAUAACUUUGGUGGUUUGAAGGAAAUGUUGCAGGACUCAACGAAGCUUUCGCUCAGACUGCGCUUCCUGGUCGAGGAGCCACAGCACACGGUGCCCGACACUUUUGUGUGGCUGCUGAGCAACAACAAGCGUGUGGCCUACGCACGGAUUCGUACCCGCGACCUUCUGUUCUCCAGCAGCGAGGAGGCCCGAGGAGUCCACUGUGGCAAGAUCAUCACCCUGUUCCUGAAGCCCCCUGGGAAGCGUGUCUCAGGCCUGUCGGUCCAGGCCAAGCUGGACGUGUAUCUGUGGUUCGGAGCUUGUUCUGACUCGGGUCACAUGCUGGUGGACCUGCCUGCAGGAGUGACUCCGGCCACAGGGGGCGCCAACGCCAGCAACCCACCAACACACCUGAGGUGUAGCGGCCCACAUCACUUCCUGUUGCGCUGUCACAUGUACCAGGCUCGCGGUCUGAUCGCUGCUGAUAACACGGGCCUCUCGGACCCGUUCGCUCGGGUCACCUUCAUGUCUCACAGCCAAACCACCAACAUCAUCAGUCAGACUCUGAGUCCCACCUGGAACCAGUGUUUGCAGAUGAGCCGCCUCCAGCUGAGCGGAGGCCUGGACUACAUCCAGCAGGAGCCGCCUCGCGUCCUGAUCGAGGUCUACGACGACGACGCGCUGGGGAAGGCCGAGUACCUGGGCUCCACCGUGGCGGUGCCUGAGGUCAGUCUGCUGUCCGACCAGUACUCACCUCCCAGCCUGAAGUACAGCCCACUGCAUUGUGGGAGCACGCCUGGAGGAGACCUGCUGGCUGCCUUUGAACUGCUGCAGGUCCCAGCAUCCGGACAGCAGAUCUUGCCGGCCUUAGAGGAACAGGAAGGAGGCCUGUUCUGUGUUCCUGCCAACAUUCGCCCAGUUCUCAGCACCUACAGGCUGGAGGUUCUUUUCUGGGGUCUGAGAGAGCUCAAGAAGGUCCAGCUUCUGUCUGUGGAUCGGCCACAGGUUUUCAUCGAGUGUUCUGGGAAAACUUUACGUUCUUCCGUCAUUCAGAAGUAUAAAUCCAACCCGAACUUCUCCACUCUGGUAGACAUCAUCGAGCUGGAGUUGCCAGAGAACGAGCACCUCCUGCCUCCACUCAGCAUCACGGUGGUGGACUGGCGAGCUUUCGGCCGCAGCACACUGGUGGGAAACCACAUCAUCAACAACCUGAAGGCCUUCAGAUACACCCCGCCGGUGGCCCUGCCUGUGGCCCCGCCCACUCCCACACACACACCCGAACCGGCCACCACCUCAGAGACACACAGCGCCCAGGUUUCAGCUGGAAUGUCCCAAGAUUUUUCAGAGACGGCGUCCAUCAACAACCAGGAUGUCCUGAUCACUGUAGAUGAAGAAGCCCCACCUUCAGCCCCUCCCACUCCAAAGAGAAAGCAGGACGACAGAAUGAAGAGCAGCCGCCGACGAUCCACCAAACGCAGGAAACGCACCAUCGCCGACGAGACCGCCGAGUGCGUCAUCGACUGGUGGUCCAAGUACUACGCCUCUGUGGAGAAACAGAGCAAACAGAAGGGCGAAUCUCCGUUCCCUCAAGUCUUUGAAAAAGCCUCGCAGUACCACAGCUUGCUGAACGAUGGAAUAGACUCCCUGGUCAGCAGCCAGUCGGACGGAGACAAGAAGAAGAAGCAGAAAGGAAAGGAAACAUCAGAGCCCAACGUCAGUCUGCCCACAAAACUCGCCACACUGCAGCUGUACAGCAAAGAGCUGGAGGCGCAGUUCGGCCCCUUCGAUGACUGGGUCAACACGUACGAGCUGUUCAGAGGGAAAGCCAACGAGGAGGACGGAGCCAGCGACGAACGGUUCGUCGGCAAGUUUAAGGGCCGAUUCUGCCUCUACAAACUCUCCGACGACGAGGGGGACGACUGGGACGAGGCCGUCGACAUGGGAGACUUCAGGGUCAGCCGAGGGAUCCCUCCCAACAGCCCGACCCAAGUCCUGAUCCGGGUUUACAUCGUGUCUGCGUCUAACCUUCACCCUGCCGACCCAGAUGGGAAGGCCGAUCCUUACAUUGUCCUUCGACUUGGGAAAAAUGAGGUCAAAGACAGAGACAACUACAUCGCCAAACAGCUGAACCCCGUCUUUGGAAGGUCUUUUGAGUUUCAGGCCACGUUUCCGAAGGAGUCCCUGCUGACUGUGCUCAUCUACGACUUUGACUUGGUGGGAGGAGACGACCUGAUCGGAGAGACUCGCAUCGACCUGGAGAACCGGUUCUACAGCCGGCACCGAGCCACCUGCGGACUCCCGACGGAGUACAGUAUAGAUGGCUAUAAUGCCUGGAGAGACUGCCUGAAGCCGUCGGAGCUGCUGUCCAAGAUGUGCAGAGAAAACGGCUUGGAAGGUCCGACCUUCAGACCAGGGCGCAUCACCGUGGCCGACAAAGUCUUCACCGGCAAGACGCUGUUCAUGGACGAAGACCAACCGGUGGAGUCCUACGAACACCUGUCCCUGAAGAUCCUGCACCGCUGGGCCGAGAUCCCGGGGGUGGGAUGCAAACUGGUCCCUGAACACAUCGAGACCAGAACCCUGUUCAACAAAGCCCGUCCUGGGUUGGACCAGGGACAGGUCCAGAUGUGGGUGGACAUGUUUCCAAUGGACCUGCCUCAUCCUGGACCGUCAGUGGACAUUUCUCCUCGGAAACCAAAAGGGUACGAGCUGAGAAUCAUCAUCUGGAACACGGAGGACGUGAUUCUGGAGGACAGCAGCUUCCUGACUGGGCAGCAAUCCAGCGAUAUCUACGUGAAAGGCUGGCUCAAAGGCCUGGAGGACGAUCGUCAGGAAACAGACGUCCACUACAACUCCCUGACCGGUGAGGGGAACUUCAACUGGCGCAUGGUGGUUCCGUUCAGCUACCUGCCGGCCGAGAAGGUGGUGGUGGUGAGGAAGAGGGAGAGCAUCUUCUCCCUGGACAAAACGGAGCAGAAGAUUCCCGCCAUCUUCAUCCUGCAGGUGUGGGACUUCGAGACGCUGUCCUCUGACGACUUCCUGGGUGCUCUGGAGUUGGACCUCCAUGGAUUCCAUCGUGGGGCGAAGACAGCCAAGUCCUGUAAGCUGGAUCUGCUCACAGACGUUUCGGAGAGAAUCUCCAUCUUCCAGCAGAAGAGAGCUCGAGGCUGGUGGCCUUUCAGCAAGGGUGGAGAGCUGACGGGGAAGGUGGAGGCGGAGUUCCACCUGGUGACGGCGGAGGAGGCGGAGAAGAAUCCGGUUGGUCGAGCCCGAAAGGAGCCGGAGCCUCUGCCCAAACCCAACCGACCCGACACCUCCUUCUCCUGGUUCAUGAACCCCUUCAAGUGCUUCUUCCACCUGGUGUGGAAGAGCUACAAGAAGUACAUCAUCAUGGCGCUGGUGCUGCUCAUCACGGCGCUCUUCCUCGCCCUGCUCGUCUACACGCUGCCCGGAGCCAUCUCGCAGAAGAUCGUCAACGGGUGAGCCGACCCGGUUCAGACCCCCGGCAUCCUGAAGACCCUCACAUGGACCACUGACGUGUUCCAAAACACAUUUGAUCUUUUUGCAUAAAUCAGCGUUUGAAAUAUUUCCUCAUGAACCACUGAAUGUCUGACCUGUUUGUAUUUGUUCUAAUAAAGCGUGUUUGUUUUCGGA